CUCUGGCGGCCCGAGUGUCACACGCGCGGCGGUUCGGGAGGCGGCGACAGCGGCAGCGGCAGGCGCCGCCGGGACGGGCACGGGCGCGCGGGCUCGGGCGGGCGCCGGCUGCCUCCCUCCCUCCAUCGCUCGCUCGCUCUCCGGCCCGACUGCUCGCCGGCCGGGGGCCGAGCUCGCUCCAGCGCUCUCAGGAAGGAAGAAGUCGGGGCGGCGGGGGGCCGAGGACGCCGACAAGUUCCAGCAGCAGCCGCGGAUCCCGGCCGAGGCGGAGGCUGCGGUUCCGACGGGACAGGAGCGCGCUCCGUGGCAGAGCGCACGGCCAGAGCGUCUGAGGAGCGGGGGGCGCCCGGGCCUUUCGCUAUCCGUGGGGCCGCGGCGGGGAUCCCAUGAGACGCGCCCGCAAGGGGCAGGAGAUCCAAAGCCCGGGCGGCGCGCGGCGGAGGCGGAGGGCGGUGCUGCAGCUGCCGGAGGCCGGGAGCGGCCGGCAGGAGGCAGCGGAGAGAACUUGAACUUGGCGUCGGGAGCGGGCGCCCCGGACGCCCCUCGCCGGGGCCGGGGCCGGGGCGCCGAGGGACCUGGGCGGCAUCGCUGCCCCCCGAAUGGCCGCGGCGGCGGACCCGGCUCCCGCGCCGCGGCCCUAGGCGGCCUCUCGCCAUGGCCAAGUGGCUGAACAAGUACUUCAGCUUGGGCAACAGCAAGACCAAGAGUCCCCCGCAGCCGCCGCGGCCCGACUACCGCGAGCAGCGGCGCCGAGGCGAGCGGCCCUCGCAGCCCCCCCAGGCCGUGCCGCAGGCCCCCGCGGCUGCCUCCGCGUCCUGCGGUACCGCCGCCGCCUCCUGCUUCUCGGCCUCGUCGGGGUCGCUGCCCGACGACAGCGGCAGCACGAGCGACCUCAUCCGCGCCUACCGCGCACAGAAGGAGCGCGACUUUGAGGACCCCUACAACGGGCCCGGCUCGUCGCUGCGCAAACUGCGCGCCAUGUGCCGCCUGGACUACUGCGGCGGCGGGGAGCCGGGUGGGAGCCAGCGCGCCUUUUCCGCCUCGUCCGCGUCGGGCGCCGCGGGCUGCUGCUGUGCCUCCUCCGGCGCGGGCGCCGCCGCGUCCUCGUCCUCGUCCUCUGGCUCCCCGCACCUCUACCGCAGCAGCAGCGAGCGGCGGCCUGCCACCCCGGCCGAAGUGCGCUACAUCUCCCCGAAGCAUCGCCUCAUUAAGGUGGAGAGCGCCGCGGGCUGUGCCGGCGACCCCCCAGGGGCCGCCUGCUCCGGCGGCCGGACCUGGAGCCCGACGGCCUGCGGCGGCAAGAAACUACUCAACAAGUGUGGCGCCUCGGCCGCGGAGGAGAGCGGCGCCGGCAAGAAGGACAAGGUGACCAUCGCUGAUGACUACUCGGAUCCCUUUGAUGCCAAGAAUGAUCUCAAAAGCAAAGCAGGAAAGGGAGAGAGCGCAGGCUACAUGGAGCCCUAUGAGGCCCAGAGGAUCAUGACUGAGUUCCAGAGGCAGGAAAGCGUCCGGUCGCAGCACAAAGGCGUCCAGUUGUACGACACCCCUUAUGAGCCGGAGGGCCAGAGCGUGGACUCGGACCCGGAGAGCACGGUCAGCCCCCGGCUCCGGGAGAGCAAGCUGCCCCAGGACGACGACAGGCCCGCCGACGAGUACGACCAGCCGUGGGAGUGGAACCGGGUCACUAUCCCAGCUCUGGCAGCCCAGUUUAAUGGCAGUGAGAAGCGGCAGUCAUCCCCCUCGCCUUCCCGGGACCGGCGGCGCCAGCUUCGGGCUCCCGGAGGCGGCUUCAAGCCCAUCAAACAUGGGAGCCCUGAGUUCUGUGGGAUCCUGGGAGAGAGAGUGGAUCCCGCCGUGCCACUGGAGAAGCAAAUAUGGUAUCACGGGGCCAUCAGCAGGGGCGACGCUGAGAACCUGCUGCGCCUCUGCAAGGAAUGCAGCUACCUUGUCCGGAACAGCCAGACCAGCAGGCACGACUACUCCCUCUCCCUGAAGAGCAACCAGGGCUUCAUGCACAUGAAACUGGCCAAAACCAAAGAGAAAUACGUCCUGGGCCAGAACAGCCCCCCGUUCGACAGUGUCCCGGAGGUCAUCCACUACUACACCACCAGGAAGCUGCCCAUCAAAGGCGCCGAGCACCUGUCCCUGCUCUAUCCGGUGGCGGUGCGGACCCUGUGAGCCCCGCGCCGCCCCGCCGGGCCUGGGCGGGGAGGAGCCGCCGCCGCCGCCGGCGUGUCCAGUUCGUGUCGUGUGUAUGGUACUAGCACACCACUGCAUGUCUUAGAAUGCUGUCGCCCCUCGCGGGGGGCUGGAGAAGGCCUGGAGAGAGACUGAAGGACAGCCAGCGCGCCGCCCCAGCCCCCACCCCCACCCCCUCCUCGAGUUUCUGUGAAUUAAAAUAUUUGCAAAUCCAAAGAGAUGCCUUCCAGGAUGAACAAAGGAGAGCAGCUCCGAGGGGCGGGGGCGGCAGCUCCCGGGUCGCGGCGCUUUGUUCUCCAGCCGUCAGGAAUUCACACCUGUGUCCCGGGCGCAGUGUUUCCCACCGGGGGCCCCCCUGGCGCUGGGAGCCGAGUGCUGGUGUUUUGAGAGCCCAGAAGGCCCCGGAGUCCCACCUCCCUUCUGGUGUGUGUGUGUGUGUGUGCGCGCGUGAGCACAUUGGUGGGAGAACACGACCACACACAGAUGUAAGCCCACUAAUCCACUUCCAGUCACUCAGUGUAAUCACUAGGAGAUCUCAGAGGGGUCGUUGUGCAGUCAAAAAAGGAUUCAAUUAUUUAUGAAUAGGGUGUGUAAAUAAAAUAGUCGUUUAAUAUAUAUUCUUAUCCCUUUUUUUUUUUUUUUUAAUAUACUGCAGUGGGUCUCUGACGGGGUCAAGUGAUUACCUGUGAGUUUCGUUCCCAGAGCAAGGUGCAACUCCUGGGCACGUGGAAAGGAGGCAGAGCCCCCAGCUCAGGGCAGAGGGCUUUUCUUUGCCCCCUCGAGAGUCAACCUACAGGAAGGGGCAUUCAGGCUCCAGUGUUGAUCCAGCAUCCACGCUCCCUCUUCUGCAUACCACCACCCCGUGAUGGCGAGUCUGUGUUAACCCCACAGGCGCACGGCACCCAGCAGUCCAUAACGCGCUCUCCCCAUUAACUGGGGUCAGUGCCACCCCAGGAGGCACUUCACGUGUGGGGAGAGGGAGGCUCAGAGAAGGAGGGUGAUUUGUCCAAGUUCACCCGGUCCACAAGCAGAGGAGACUCUUGAGCCAGUUCUUUGUCUCUGGCUGUCACCCUGCCCCUGGAGGAAGGCAAAUCCUGACCUCUCGGGGGACAUGGAGUCCUCUUGGUCAUCUGCGCUGCCUCCACACAGAUGGGAACAUCUGCACACUCCACCCCCGUCUUGCCCCUGCCCUUCACAGGGGGCAGAUCCUUCUCAUACAGAGCAGACAUUCAGCGAGGUUGCUGCCUUUCCUUCUCCUCCGACCCACCCACCACCAUACCACAGUUAAAUGCGAUGGAAGAAACAAAAGAAUCUCAUGGAAUAGCAUGAAAGGCACGGCUUUCACCUACUGAAGGAGGUGUGAGGGGUCCAGAUGCGUCGCGAGUUUCAGCACCUUCACCAAGCACAUGUCAUCCUGCCUGCCAGCGGGCCAAGAGGAAUGGAAGUCUGGUCACCAUCGUCCCCAGUAGGAGGGGGCUGAGUCCAGUCUGACCAUCACCAGCACUGCCAGGCCUUCGAGAUGCUCCCGACUCACUGUCCAGGUGGGAGAUGGAGGCCUCAUGAGAGGAGAGGACUUGCCCUGGCCGCCCAUUAAGCCAGUGCAAAGCAGGACUAGAAGCCGUGUCUCUUUAGGUGUCUGGUGGAUUUUAGCAGGCUAUGGCCAAAGCUGUUCCCUCAGCAUCUGCUUCCUGCCCAGUUCAACCAAUCAGGUCAGUCUCCCGAGUCCUUGUCUCAGUCCCGGCAGCCCCAGCCCCUCCCAUCCGUGAAUCCCGCAGGCCCACCCACCUCAUGGUUGCCUCAUUGCCUGUGACCUGGGCCUAGUCUCCAACACCUCAAUCCUGACCUUUCCUUUGCUGUUUCCAAAACAUCCUUUGAGGCUACAGUACCUCAUGUUUUCCUCUUCUUUUUUCCCUAGUGAGUGAGAAAAUGAGUGAAGUGUUGGCACUUGUCCAAACAGAGGUGCCAAAGGAGAGUGGAUCCCUAGGACCCAGUUAGAGAUUGGAGACGGGGGAGGUAGCCCGCGGAGCAGGGCGUUGGCAUGAACCUUCCGGUUGCCCCUCCUUCACCAGCAAAUCCAGAUUUCCCCAGGGCCCUUCCUAAGAACCGCAGGUCAGGCAGUGCAGGAGCCCAGGACCAUCCUCAAUGAACAGACUUCAGAACAGACUUCUCCUCAGAAAAGGCUCCGCCCCGUGGUCUGAGGGAAAACAAGAAUGCUUCACCCUCUGUUCUUGCCUUUACUCUUUUAAGGGAUUCCUGGGCCCUGCCUCCAUCUUCCUGAAGUCUCCCUGGGAGGCCCAACCUCCAGCUCCCCUUGGGGACUGAGGUCGGCAGAGGAGCCAGCUUACAGGAUGGGAGCCGCUAAAAGGAAUUUUUUUCCUUAAUUUUAUGAACCUCUCCCUCUUCUUCCUCUAAUUGUGACCGUUUCCUCUGGCGGCGUGUAUUCAUGUUUUCUUGGACAUCUAACAAUUGAAACAGCUUUUCCCUUUCAGAAACACUCACAUUCAGGUUAUUGGCGUUGGUUUGGGUUUUGUUUUGGCUUUUUUUUUUUUUCCUUCAUCUGCUGCCAAUUAAUGAGGGGGAAAAUGAGCUGGAUUUCUUAGAGGGGGGAAAAAAAAAGCUCCCUGCCACACAAUAUCCCGCCUCAGCAUCUUGUCUCAGAGCACAGCCUCCAACCCCUAACAGGCUGUGUUGCUCAGAGCCACAGGACUGUUGUGUUUUUUUUUCCCCUUUUCUUUCCCUCCAUUGCUGGCUUCAUUAUUGACCAUAAUGCCCCAGCCACUUCAGCAGUGAUGUCCUUGAGCACCGAGGAGUCAAGGCCUUUUGGGCAGCCCCUCCAGAACAAGAUGGCGGCCCAGAAAGAAAGGAGGCUUUGUGGGGAGAGAGGGCCCACCUGCCGUCAGGAGACAGGCUCACAGAGCAGCCCUUCUAAAGAAGGAGGUGAAAAGGCCCCUCUUCAGAAGGCCGGGCCAAUCCCAGCUGAGCUGCGCCUCCCCUCCCAGAGCGGCUCUGGCGGGCAGGCAGAGGGCCAUCUUGAUGUAGCUUCCGGCGGGGGCCUGGGAACCAACAGGUGGGGCCCCUGGCAGGUGGUACGCUUCUGCGGUCACAGGCCCCGGAGCUUGCCUUUCUAAAGAUUCAGAGCACUGAGCUCCGACCAGCUCUCCAGUACACGCUCAGGGAAGCGGUUGAUGUCACUGAUUAAGGGCCCAGCAGGGACAGCCAGCCAGGCCUACCCUGUGUUCGCACAGACCCCAAGGACAGUGCCUGCAGAAACGGGCAGAUAGGGCAGGCUGGCGUCUGGAGUUGGCCCAUCGCUGCCCGUGAAGCGUCCUGGCGGGCUCAGAUGGUCAUCCAGCAAGCUGCCACGUCUGUCCUUUUACCUGCCCCCAGCGAUUGCCGGCAGAGACAAAUGGGGCAAGUUGUCCAGUGGAACCAGCACAACCCAGAGCCCAGAUGCAGGAGCACCUUUCAGAACCCCACAGAGACCCCCUCAGGCCCCCCUGGGCGCGGCAGCCCCCAGCCUCUCCCCUUCUCGGGCUGUUGUGUUACUGCCAGGAGCCUGUGACCACCGCCUCCUGCUCAAAGUGUCCUGUAAAGAUCUAACUCUGUGUGAUGAGCUGUAUGAUAAUGCAUUUUUAAUGUGAAGCUCUUAAUAUACACGUGUUUUGUUUAAACUGUA